AUGUAUCCCAUUGUACUGUGCCAAGUCCCAGAGGAAUUGCAGCGAUCUGCAAUCAUUUUAGUAGGACUAAAAGCCAGCUCUCCAAGCCAGCUCUCCAAGCCAGCUCUCAAAGUCAGCUCUCAAAGCCAGCUCUCCAAGCCAGCUCUCAAAGUCAGCUCUCAAAGCCAGCUCUCCAAGCCAGCUCUCAAAGUCAGCUCUCAAAGCCAGCUCUCCAAGCCAGCUCUCAAAGUCAGCUCUCAAAGCCAGCUCUCCAAGCCAGCUCUCAAAGUCAGCUCUCAAAGCCAGCUCUCAAAGUCAGCUCUCAAAGCCAGCUCCCCAAGCCAGCUCUCCAAGCCAGCUCUCAAAGCCAGCUCUCAAAGCUGCAGCACGGCGGUGAAUGACCUGGUCUACAUCACAGAUCGCUCCUGGUGCGUGGGCCACAGCGACUUCCAAAAGGCCAAGAACUGGCUCGUCAACAUCACCAGCGGCUUCGACGUCAGUUCCCACUACUCCCAGGUGGCCGUGGUGCAGCGCAGCAACACCCCUUACCUGGAGGUAUCCCUGGGGAAGCACCGGGGUGGUCCGGACCUCAUCCAGGCCAUCGAGGGAUUCAGCUAUCUAGGCGGGGACACCCAGACGGGCCAAGCAAUCAAGUUUGCCGUGGAUCACGUGUUCCCAUCCUCGCAGCGUGCCAGUGCCGUCAAGAUCCGCAUCGCGGUGGUUAAGACAGAUGCGAAGUCCCAGGACGAUGUGAUGGAUGCCAGUGUGGAGGCGCGGGCGCAAGGGCGUCAUCGUGUUCGCCGUGGGCGUGGGCAGCGAGAUCACCACCUCGGAGCUUGUGUCCAUUGCCAACAAGCCGGCGAGUACCUACGUGCUAUACGCCGACGACUACGCUAACAUAGGCCGCAUCCGAGUCUCUAUGGAGCAGAGGUUGUGUGAGGGUGAGUUAGUGUAGAGGCGGGGUGAGGGUGAGUUAGUGUAGAG